UAGAGAAACCUUAGUUUUGACUCCGUAUUUUCUCUACAUCCUAAUGGCUGCUGGACGGGAUAAAGUGAUUCACCUCCUAAGACAACUGCAGAAAGCAUCAUGCAGGUGCCCAGCUCAUUCUCACACAUAUUGUCAAGCUCCAUCUUCCCAGAUUACAACAGAUUAUGCAUUUGAGAUGGCAAUGUCAAGCAUCAGAUAUGGAGAAGGUGUUAGCAAGGAAGUGGGCAUGGAUUUGCAGAACAUGGGAGCAACAAAUGUUUGUGUAAUGACUGACAAAAACCUUGUGCAGCUUCCACCAGUCAAAGCUGUUCUAAACUCACUAACAAAGAAUAAUAUCAAGUUUUCCUUAUAUGACAGUGUGAGAGUGGAGCCUACAGAUAAGAGUUUUAUGGAUGCUAUUCAGUUUGCCAAAAAAGAGACAUUUGAUGCAUACGUUGCUGUUGGUGGUGGCUCUGUAAUGGACACCUGUAAGGCUGCAAAUCUUUAUGCUUCUAGUCCUAGUGCUGACUUCCUGGACUACGUCAAUGCCCCUAUUGGAAAAGGAAAGGCAGUGACUGUAAGCCUUAAACCACUCAUAGCAGUCCCUACUACAUCUGGAACUGGAAGUGAAACUACAGGAAUUGCAAUAUUUGACUAUGAAGAAAUGAAAGCCAAAACAGGUAUUGCUUCUAGAGCCAUUAAACCAACCCUAGGAUUGAUUGACCCAGAACAUACAUUACAAAUGCCAGAGAGAGUAGUAGCUAACAGUGGAUUUGAUGUAUUGUGCCAUGCUCUUGAAUCUUACACUGCAAUCCCCUAUAAUAUGCGCAGCCCUUGCCCAACCAACCCAAUCAACCGCCCAGCUUACCAGGGUAGCAACCCCAUCAGCGAUGUGUGGGCUAUACAUGCCCUGAGAAUUGUCUCCAAGUUUUUAAAAAGAGCUGUGAAAAAUCCAGAUGAUCGGGAAGCACGUUUCUCCAUGCACUUAGCCAGUACAUUUGCUGGAAUAGGCUUUGGAAAUGCUGGAGUACAUCUCUGCCAUGGCAUGUCAUAUCCUAUAGCAGGCUUGGUGAAGAAAUACAGAGCCAAGGACUACAACGUGGACCACCCAAUAUUGCCCCACGGACUUUCAGUGGUUCUUACCUCUCCAGCAGUGUUUUCCUUCACAGCAGCCAUGUGUCCUGAGCGCCAUCUGGAGGCAGCUGAGAUACUUGGGGCGGAUAUAAAGACUGCAAAACUCGAAGACGCCGGACUUAUCUUGGCAGACACAUUACGGAAAUUUCUUUUUGACUUGAAUGUUGAUGAUGGUUUGGCUGCGGUGGGAUACAGUACAGCAGAUAUUCCCGCGCUAGUCAAAGGAACUUUGCCUCAGGAGCGAGUGACAAAGCUGUCCCCUCGAUUACACUCUGAAGAAGACCUGUCAAGAUUGUUUGAGGCUUCUAUGAAGAUAUACUGA